AUGAAGCUUCUAAGCCUUCUUUCACUGAUCUCAUUGGGAGCUGCAAGUCCCAUUGAAUCGUCACCUUCCUCCCCGUCCGUGGAAGUAAAAAUUGAAAAUAUCGGAAACACCACCGUCAAAGCAAUCGUGACUAGUCACCACGAUAGGGAUCUAAACAUCUUGAAGCUGGGUAGCAUUAUCGAUGAUGUAGACUUGGAGAGGGUCAAUGUAUUCUCAGGAGACAACAAUAUUCAAUUCCAAGGUAUCCGUCUGUACAUCGACAUGGAUCAUCUUGCCGAAACGGCCUUUGUUAAGCUACCUGCUGGGGGCAGUCUGGACAAGACCUUCGACGUGGCCAAAUUCUAUGACCUCUCAGCUGGCGGCGACUUCAAGAUCCAGGCAUCUGGCUAUCUCCAGUACGCAGAACCGGGAUCAACUAAAGUUACGGGGAUAAUCCCGUAUUCAUCCGAAUUUAUUACCAAGGUCGACGGUGCUGAGGCGAAGGCCAUAUUUUCUGCCUCCCAGAUACAAGAGGAGAUCAAGCGCUCCACUUUUGUUCGACAAACUUGCAACAGCAACCAGCAGAACAUAGUCAAGAAUGCCUUGUCGCUUUGCCAGAAAAACUCCCAGCAAGCAGCUAAGGCAGCUAGGAGCGGUCCGCCUAAGAGGAUGAAGGAGUACUUUAAAUCAGACAGCCGCAAUACUCGGGAAAUCGUAGGUAAAGUGUUUGAUGAUAUUGCAACAGAAUGCAAGAGUUCGAUAUCGGGGCAACUUUCCAUCAGCUGCAAAGACACUGAUUUUUGUAAAAGCAAUCGUGGCGUUCCUGCAUACUCUGUCGGAAAGGAAGUCGUUCUCUGCCCCCCUUGGUUCAAGCAGCCAGUCAACGGCAAGUGCCAUCAAGGAGAUAAGGCGAGUGUCAUCAUUCAUGAAUUUGCCCAUGGACUCAAGGGUUUUCCCGACUUCGGUGUGUAUGGGUAUGAUAAGCUGCUCAAACUGCCUGCAGACAAGAACAUAAGGCAUGCGGACACCUACACCUACUUUUCUAACGCGGUUGAAGUCAACUGUUAG